AGAUGUAAAUAUGAAUUACGAAUCUGUCACCGCCAAUAUUACGAAUGGUUUCAUAUCAGAUUCUUGUAUGCUUCAAAAAGCUAUACAUGAAAAAGGAAUUAAAAAAAAUUGAACCCGUCUUAAAGAAACUCAAAAGAGAGGACUUUCCUCUUGUGAAAAGUUGAAGACACUUGUCCUCUCUCUUUUUAUUCCCUUCCCACCAUCCUCAAAAUCUUACAGAGAGAGAAGCUUCUUUUGUUGUUCCCUCUCUCUCUCUCUCUCUCUCCGUUGGCUGCCGGAGCACUGAUUCUCGGUUGAUGGAGAAGAAUAUUCUAGUGACCGGUGGUGCCGGUUACAUCGGCAGUCACACUGUUCUUCAGCUCCUUCUCGGCGGCUACGCCACCGCUGUCGUCGACAACCUCGACAAUUCCUCUCCCGUCGCGAUCCGCCGCGUCAAGGAGCUCGCUGGCGAUCAUGGCAGAUUUCUCACCUUCCACCAGAUCGACCUUCGCGAUAAACCCGCGCUUGAGAGACUCUUCUCCAGGACGAAGUUUGAUGCAGUGAUACAUUUUGCUGGAUUGAAAGCAGUCGGUGAAAGCGUGGAGAAACCGCUGCUCUAUUACAACAACAACCUCUUUGGCACAAUUACACUAUUGGAAGUAAUGGCUGCACACGGGUGUAAAAAUCUUGUAUUUUCGUCAUCGGCUACUGUAUAUGGCUGGCCAAAGGUGGUCCCGUGUACUGAAGAGUUCCCCUUAUCAGCAGUGAAUCCUUACGGAAGAACAAAGCUCUGCAUUGAGGAUAUUUGCCGCGACGUCCAGCAUGCUGAUCCUGAAUGGAGAAUCAUAUUGCUAAGAUACUUUAAUCCUGUUGGCACUCACCCUAGCGGUCACAUUGGCGAGGAUCCUUGUGGGAUUCCAAAUAAUCUCAUGCCUUAUAUCCAGCAAGUUGCUGUUGGUAGGCUUCCACAUUUACAAGUUUAUGGAACUGACUACAAUACAAAAGAUGGUACAGGGGUACGUGACUACAUUCACGUUGUUGAUCUAGCAGAUGGUCAUAUCUCUGCGCUUCAAAAGCUAGAUGAUCCUAAAAUUGGCUGUGAGGUGUACAAUCUGGGAACUGGGAAAGGAACAACGGUUUUAGAGAUGGUUGCUGCCUUUGAAAAAGCUUCUGGAAAGAAAAUCCCGCUUGUGAUGGCUGGACGAAGACCUGGUGAUGCGGAGAUUGUCUACGCUUCAACAGAAAAGGCCGAACGUGAGCUGAAGUGGAAGGCAAAGUACGGAAUAGAGGAGAUGUGUAGGGACCAAUGGAGCUGGGCGAGCAAGAACCCUUACGGCUACGGCUCUCCACCAGACACAUCACAAAGCUGAAACGGUUCUCUCUGUCUAUGUUCUAUUGUUUUGGUAACCUUUGUAAGAAACCUCGGCCAGUAAAUUAUUCCAUUCGGACAGGUUAGGUCAUAUAGCUGUCUCUUAUACACUAUCAAGAGGUGGGGUAGUUUUGUUGUAUUAACAGUAGAAAGGUGAGGACCCACUUACACAUUGUUUUGUUCUUUGGUAAUUUAAAAACCAGGAAGCGUAGCUCACAUUCAAAUUGGAUCUUUUGCAUGGGUUUUAGGGCUGUUUUAUGUAAUCCAUCACUCCUUAUUAUGGAUGCCCCCAAUUAUUUUCUAAUUUUAAAAAUGUA